AUGGUAGUUUUUGAAAAGUAUAAUAUUGGAUGUUCAAAAUGCGAUAAGGACAUCGGUACCGUGAUCGGUAUCGACUUGGGAACCACGUAUUCAUGUGUGGGUGUUUACAAGAAUGGCCGUGUUGAGAUCAUUGCCAAUGACCAGGGUAACCGUAUCACUCCUUCAUAUGUAGCCUUCACGGCUGACGGCGAGCGUCUUAUCGGUGACGCCGCCAAGAACCAGCUGACCACCAACCCAGAGAACACAGUUUUUGAUGCCAAGCGUCUUAUUGGUCGUGAAUGGACUGACACCACUGUCCAACAUGAUGUCAAAUUCUUCCCCUUCAGGGUUAUUGAGAAGAACAGCAAACCUCAUGUCUCUGUCAAGACCUCCCAGGGCGACAAGAUCUUCGCGCCUGAAGAAAUCUCUGCUAUGGUUCUCACUAAGAUGAAGGAAACCGCUGAAGCAUAUCUUGGCAAGAAGGUGACACAUGCUGUUGUUACGGUCCCAGCUUACUUCAACGACGCUCAGCGUCAAGCUACCAAAGAUGCUGGUGUCAUUGCUGGACUACAAGUAAUGAGGAUCAUCAAUGAGCCUACUGCCGCUGCUAUUGCUUACGGCCUUGACAAGAAGGACGGCGAAAAGAACGUUCUCGUAUUUGACUUGGGUGGUGGUACUUUUGAUGUUUCUCUCCUUACCAUCGAUAACGGCGUUUUCGAAGUAGUAGCCACCAAUGGUGACACCCACUUGGGAGGUGAGGACUUUGACCAGAGGGUCAUGGAACACUUCAUCAAACUGUACAAGAAGAAGAAGGGCAAGGAUAUCAGGAAAGACAACCGCGCUGUGCAGAAACUCCGUCGUGAAGUUGAGAAGGCCAAGAGAGCUCUGUCUUCCAGCCACCAAGUAAAGAUUGAAAUUGAAUCCUUCUUUGAAGGUGAAGAUUUCUCUGAGACUCUAACCAGAGCUAAGUUCGAGGAGUUGAACAUGGAUCUCUUCAGGUCUACCCUGAAACCAGUGCAAAAGGUAUUGGAAGAUGCCGACAUGAACAAGAAGGAUGUCGACGAAAUCGUACUGGUUGGUGGUUCUACUCGUAUUCCUAAAGUACAACAAUUGGUCAAAGAAUUCUUCAAUGGCAAGGAACCUUCCCGAGGUAUCAACCCAGAUGAGGCUGUCGCCUAUGGUGCUGCCGUCCAGGCUGGUGUACUCAGCGGUGAACAGGACACAGACGCCAUUGUGCUUCUUGACGUCAACCCUCUGACCAUGGGUAUUGAGACCGUUGGUGGAGUCAUGACCAAGCUGAUCCCCCGUAACACCGUCAUUCCUACCAAGAAGUCUCAGAUCUUCUCUACCGCUAGCGACAACCAACACACUGUUACCAUUCAGGUUUACGAGGGUGAGCGUCCAAUGACCAAGGAUAACCACUUACUCGGAAAGUUCGACUUGACUGGCAUUCCACCUGCGCCACGUGGUAUUCCACAAAUCGAAGUCACUUUCGAAAUUGACGCUAACGGUAUCUUACAAGUGUCUGCUGAGGACAAGGGAACUGGAAACCGCGAGAAGAUUGUUAUUACAAACGACCAAAACAGAUUGACACCAGAGGAUAUUGAGAGGAUGAUCAAGGAUGCUGAGAAGUUCGCCGAUGAAGACAAGAGGCUCAAAGAACGCGUUGAGGCCAGGAAUGAGCUUGAAAGCUAUGCAUACUCCAUUAAGAACCAGCUGCAGGACAAGGAGAAACUUGGUUCAAAGGUAAGCGAUGAUGAGAAAGCUAAGAUGGAAGAGGCUAUUGAUGCCGCGAUCAAGUGGCUCGAGGACAACCAAGAUGUUGACUCGGAAGAGUACAAGAAGCAGAAGAAAACUCUAGAAGAUGUUGUGCAGCCAAUCAUUGCGAAGCUGUAUCAAGGACAAGGUGGAGUGCCCCCGCCAGGUGCGGGAGGUGAUGAUGAAGAUUUCAAGGACGAGUUGUAA